AUGGCGUUUCGUCCACCGGGCCUGAUGCGGCAUUUGUGUCGCUUUGCAAACAUUCGUUCGAUCAGCACAUCCACUAGACCAAGUGCUAGCAGCAUAAACUCACAGAAUGCGUGUUCACUUUGCCGAUUUCGCACGCAGCAAGCUCGUCGCCCGGCGCUUGCUCCAACAACCCGGUUCCUCUCUCCAAUGUUGCCGAUAUUGACUGGCCGCUAUGCAUCCACCGAAUCCACGGAACCCACCCUCGUUGGCGCCCCCGAUAUUACCAAUCACUAUACAAUCUUCUCUCGAACAAUCCCGGCGGGCCCCCCGCCAGCUUCACCCUUCAACAUCUCGCUCGGCGACCUCAAGCGUGAGUUCCUGCAGUUGCAAGGGUUAAUACACCCUGACAAGUACCCCGCUGGAGCGGCUAAGCAACAAGCGGAGGCGCUCUCUGCGCGCAUCAACGAGGCAUACCGGACAUUGGCCGACCCACUCCAGCGGGCGCAGUACCUGCUGCGUGAAUGGCACGGGAUUGAUGUGACCGCCGAGGACGCGGCGACAAAGCAUGCACUGGAUCCGGAGACGCUGAUGGAAGUGAUGGAGGUGCAAGAGACGAUCGAGGAAGUCGGGGCGGAACCUGAGGCGGAAACGGAGAUCAAUGCGCUGAAGAAAGAGAACGACGGUCGCAUCGAGGCAUGUGUGGAAUCGCUAUCGAAUGCAUUCAAUCGCGGCGACCAGGAGGCUGCACGCAAAGAGUGCGUGCGACUCCGAUUCUGGUACAGCGUUGGAGAAGGACUGCGGGAAUGGGAGCCGGGGAAGACAGAGAUUCGGUUGGUGCACAGCAGCUGA